AUGCGGGGUUUCCAGAAUAUCUUCGUUCUUGGGGCGCUAUUUCUCACGACUGCUAAUGCCGUGUCUCUUCCGGCUGGAGUACCUCGCGAUAUCUCAGAGUUCAGAGACAAGCAUCCCUACGCUCCACCUAAGCAUGAACACCGUAAAAUCUUUCGAAUUCGUGCGUCUAAUAAUGACACAGACGAUGUGGCGGAUGAGUUUGAGAAGGGCGUACGCAAAGCAAAUGGCGGAGGUACUUUGCAUCUAGCCAAGGGCAAGACAUAUGUCAUUGGUAAAGCUCUAGACUUGACUGGCCUGGAGGAUAUACACAUCCACUUAGAGGGCGAGAUUAGAUUUACGGAUGACGUUGAGUACUGGCAAGAAAAUGCCUGGUACCACCCAUUUCAGAAAUCGAUCAUGUUCUGGAAGUGGGGAGGAAAAGACAUUAAAAUCUACGGCAAUGGUGUGAUCGAAGGUCAAGGACAACGGUGGUGGAAUGAAUUCGAAUCUGGAACCGGCUCCAUUUUGAACCCCGACAACAAAUAUUACCGCCCAAUUCUCUUCUACGCCGAGAACACGACUAAUCUCGAUAUCUCGGGUAUACAUCUCAAAGACUCGCCUUGCUGGAAUAACUUCAUAGUCAGCUCCAAGAAUAUCAAGUACACAGACGUCGUAGCGACUGCUCUUUCAAACAACGGAAGUAUCAUCCCCAAGAAUACUGAUUUCAUGAACACCAUGAAUACCUCGACUGUUCGGAUAGAGAGAACCUGGGUGAACAUCGACGACGACUGUUUCUCUCCGAAGCCGAACAGUUCAGAUCUUUAUGUUAAUACCAUGUAUUGUAACGGCACGCAUGGACAGUCCAUGGGCUCGCUUGGCCAGUACAAGGGCGAGGUAUCUAAUGUCUACGACGUGCACAUUGAGAAUGUGUGGAUGAUGAACGGGGAUUACUCGGCAGCUCGUAUCAAGGUUUGGGCUGGUGAAGAAACGGGUACAGGAUUCGUCAACAACGUAACCUUCAAAAACUUCUGGGUCGCGCGAAUGGACUACGGCAUCUUUCUCGACUCAUGCUACUUCAACAUCUCAUCAGAAGAAUGUAACGCUCACCCAUCGGGUAUGCAAAUUACCAACAUACACUUUGAGAACUUUACUGGGUACACAUCUGGUGUUUAUGGCAACGCUGUUGCAAGGCUCUCCUGCUCAGCUGCUGAAGAUGCUGUUUGUGCAAACAUCACUGUCAAAGACUUCAAUAUCGAGACGCCAUGUGGGGGACAGCCCGUAAUUAUUUGUGAUGGGAUGCACGGUGAUAUCGGCGUUGAUUGUGUGCCGUUUGAUAGUGAUGAGGCCAAAGUGGCACUGAAGGCAAAAUGUACUACUCCAAUGGUAGCUAUUGACACGGAUCCUUGGGGCAGUGGACUCAUUGAGAAAAAGAAAGGAGUAUUUCAUCCAGAGUAG